CCUUUCCCUGGCACGUCUAAGUGUGUGUGUGUUUGUGAUUGGGGAAAGAAGAGAGAGAGGUAAAGUGUAGGCAGGACUAAAGCUAACGAGAGAGGGCGGGCGGCUUUUGUGUGUGCAUGUGUGUGUGUGUGUGUGUGCGUGUGUGUGCGUGUGUCAUGAGACGCAAUAAAACAACGCUAUUAGAGAAAAAAUACUUCGUCAAGUUGACAAAAUUCACGAAUAAAACUUUGGCAUGAGGGACAUCUAAGGAAAGUGCACUUUGUGUCCCUUAUUCA